CUUUUUGCCCGCCCCAGCAGGUGCACCCCGCAGAGGAAGGGCAGACGCCCAGCAGCGGCCACCGGGGUGCCGGGUGCGGCGGAGAAAAGGGGCUCCCGGGGCCCUCCUGACCCGGAAGGGCUGGCGCGCGGGGACUGGGGUUCCCCUGGUGACCGAGGCGGCGUCCGGCCCCGCCAGGCCACCCCGCCCGCGCCCCGCAAGAUGCCGCUGCAGGUGCGCGAGUUCAGCUGGCAGCAGACGCCCACGGCGGUCACCAUCUCCGUGCCCCUCCGCGGCGUCUGCGUCAAGGACGCCGACGUGUUCUGCACCGAAGCCUACCUCAAGGUCAACUUCCCUCCCUUUUUAUUUGAGGUGUUUCUUUAUGCCCCCAUCGAUGAUGAGAGCAGCAGAGCUAAGAUUGGGGAAGACACAAUCGUAUUUACCUUGUACAAGAAAGAAGCCAUCAUGUGGGAGAGCCUGUCUAUGUCUGGGAUUGACAAGGAGAUGAAGCAAAAAAUAAGGGAAAAAUCUAUUUUACAAGCCCAAGAAAGAGCAAAAGAAGUGACAGAAGCAAAAGGUGCAGCAAAGAGGGAAGAUCAAAAAUAUGCACUAAAUGUCAUGAUGAAGAUUGAGGAAGAAGAAAGAAAAAGAAUAGAGGAUCUGAAAGAAAAUGAGCGAAUUAAAGCAACUAAAGAAUUGGAAGCUUGGAAAGAAUGUCAAAAGAAAACGGAAAAGCCAAAAAGAAUUCCAAGAGAAGUGAAAUUAUGUCACCAAGAAAAGGAAAUUGAAGAUGAGAGAAAAGAAAAGAAACAUAAAUGUUUUCCUAAAAAUUCAGCACCUAAAAAGCUUGAUACCAAAGGAAGAAAUUCAGAAAAUAUAUUCUCUGGGAAAUUAAAGGAAGAUAGCAUUCCUGCUCCUCGUUCUGCUGGGAAUAUUAAAAUCAACUUUACCCCACGAGUAUUUCCAACUGCUCUUCGAGAAUCACAUGUAGCAGAAGAGGAAGAGUGGCUACACAAACAAGCAGAAGCAAGAAGAGCAAUUAAUACUGAUAUUCCUGAACUUUGUGAUUUAAAAGAAGAAGAAAAGAACCCAGAAUGGUUGAAGGACAAAGGAAACAAAUUGUUUGCAACAGAAAACUAUUUGGCAGCUAUUAAUGCAUACAACUUAGCCAUAAGACUAAAUAAUAAGAUUCCACUAUUGUAUUUGAAUCGUGCUGCUUGUCACUUGAAAGUCAAAAACUUACACAAGGCCAUUGAAGAUUCCUCUAAGGCCCUGGAACUACUGACACCACCUGUUGCAGACAAUGCUAAUGCAAGAAUGAAAGCUCAUGUGCGAAGGGGAACAGCAUUCUGUCAGCUGGAACUUUAUGUAGAAGGCCUACAGGAUUAUGAAGCUGCACUUAAGAUCGAUCCAAACAACAAAAUCGUACAAAAUGAUGCUGAGAACAUUCGUAAUAUAAUUCAAGGGACAGACUAACAUCUCAUUGACUGCUAAAAGAAACUCUAUGUUCUAGGUAUUUUCAGUUUU